AUGGCGUACAAUAAAGCUUACAAUCCAGAUGCGCUCCCAGCGCACGUGGAGCCUGAACAGAAAUAUCAACAAAGACCUCCACAACAACAGCCUUCGCAUGGCGGAGUCCCACCUCGCGUGCCAGCACCGUCUAGCGCUCCAAGUUCUCAUCAAUAUCCUGCACCCCAUCGGCCCCCUACAGGUCCCCCGCGCUCAGCCUUAGACCGACCUCUACCUAACGUGCCUCAAGGCCAAAGCCAACAACGGCCUGGCGGCCUCCUACACCCUUCUCCUCCGCCCCAGAACUACGGUUUCGGACCUCCUCCGUCGCAGCCUGUGCGCAAUCGCCCCCCGCCUGCAUCACGUCCUCCUGCAACCCCGCAGCCAUUAGCUGUUCCCAAUGACGACCCGCAGCAGCUGUUCCCGCUAUUUCGGGCUGCCAACUCGUCCCAUUCAGGCGCGCUUACCGAGCAGGAGCUGGGCUCUGCCCUGGUAAACGGUGACUACACUUCGUUCCACCCUAAGACCGUGAAGAUGAUGAUCGGCAUGUUCGACCGGAACAGGAGCAACUCGAUCUCGUUCGACGAGUUCGUGUCGUUAUGGCGGUACCUGGCAGCGUGGCGAGAAUUGUUUGACAAGUUUGAUGAGGAUCGUAGUGGGCGCAUCAGUCUCCGGGAGUUCGAGAAGGCAUUGGUAGCGUUCGGGUAUCGUCUCAGCCCGCCAUUCGUGACAGUGCUCUUUGCUACAUUCGAAAAGAAGGGGCGGGUGGCUAGUGGGCCUCCGACAGCUCCUCCGCCGUCGGGGAUGAGCUUCGAUUUGUUUGUUCAAGCAUGCAUAAGUCUUCGGCGUAUGACGGACGUGUUUAAGCGGUAUGACGACGAUCGUGAUGGAUAUAUCACGCUGAGCUUCGAAGAGUUCCUAACGGAGAUCCUCCAAUUACAAGAUUAA